AUGAUGUUGGGUAUCCAGCGAUAUUUCAAAAAGCUCGAAAGCUCGAUAGCUUUUGGAUCUGGUCUGUGCACAAAAGAAUCAAACCAGUCAGAAGGAAGGCAACGCGAGGCUGAAACGAAGAAAGAGACUACAGAGCCUCCUGUUUCAAACGAGACUGCUGUCAAGGUUGAUAACCACUCGAGGGAAGAUGAGUUCCAGGACACAGCUGCACAGUAUUCGACGAGUACCAACAGCUGUUCUUGUGAGAUCCUUGAUCUCGGACUAGCAAAGAAGCCUGAUGACUCUUCAAGCGCGUGUGUGGAAGUGAUUGUCAUCGACUCUCCGGCUUCCAUCAGCAACGGUGACAGUACAAGCUCCUGGAAAUCUUGCGACCUGGCUGCUACCCCGCAAACGAAGAUCAAACGCAAGCCGGCAGUGUUGAAGAAGCUCGAGUUUGAUCACCCUGGUAGUGCGAUGCUGUGUACGACAGAGAGAAGAGUCAGGCGAAAGACUUCCAUCUUCGAGGCCAGCUUCCUAACAGUCACAAGCCCCUCUGGGCGAGGCCCAACUCCACGUAGGAAGGCUGCCCGGUCUCAGACAAGUCCACAGAGCACACCAGCACCAGUUGCACACUCAACAGACACGGGCAAGAGUAAGGCUCCCUCCGAGCUGCGGACGCUGUCGCGCGACAACGCUGAGAACCGAUCUCCUCAGAAGGUCGACAUCGUCAGUACGAGCGACAUGGCGGAUGUGGAGUGUAUGGAUGACCAGUCUCAGACAAGUCGACAGGGUGCACCAACACUAGUCGCUCACACGGCAGACACAGACAAGAGCAAGGCUCCCUCCGAGGUGCUGACGCUAUCAACUGUAGACGCUGUCUCGGGCGACAACACUGAGAACCGAUCUCCUCAGAAGGUCGACAUCGUUAGUACGAGCGACAUGGCGGAUGUGGAGUGUAUGGAUGACCAGUCUCAGACAAGUCGACAGGGUUUACCAACACUAGUCGCUCACACGGCAGACACAGACAAGAGCAAGGCUCCCUCCGAGGUACUGACGCUAUCAAGUGUAGACGCUGUCUCGGGCGACAACACUGAGAACCGAUCUCCUCAGAAGGUCGACAUCGUUAGUACGAGCGACAUGGCGGAUGUGGAGUGUAUGGAUGACCAGUCUCAGACAAGUCGACAGGGUUUACCAACACUAGUCGCUCACACGGCAUCUCCUGAGAAGGUCGACAGUGUUGGGGAGUGUAAUUUCAGGGUUGCCCUUGCGCCUGAAGGCUCCUGCGGAUCCCCAGUACAGCCCAAGUCUGUUCCCAGUGGCUGCGAGGACGUGCUCGCCCUGGCCUUGAGCGAUGUGCCGGGAGCAGCAGCGAUGGCCGGGCCCAGAGGGCUGCACGCAGCGCAAGAGAGCAUGCUGCACAACGUUCUCUUGUCGUCAGGAGAGGAAUGUGACUCGUUCCUCACGAGCGCAAGGACUUGUCUCCGGAUGAACCGCUACCUGUCAGUCAACCUCCUCCGUGCUGCUUGCAAGCUACUGGGCAAGCACGCUGGCUCGAGCGAUGUCAGGAUGAGCCAGCUGAAGGAGGUGCUGGUAUGUGGCGCGCAACGUCUACCUGGGGACCAGCUGGAGAACUUUGUGAGGAACAACCGGCUCUUUGCAGACCUGAUGGUGUUUGUACAUGAGUUGAGGUCCAAGCAGAAGAACCAGAGCCCCUAUGGCUCCUACGUCCCGUUCCUGAUCGACCUCUGCAAGCUCUACGACGGUCAGUUCGGAGAAGGAACUUGCGUAAGGGAGCUCCUGGUGGCGUCUGGUGUGCACGAAGAGACGCUGGGCCCGUCCAUCAUUGAGGUCAUGAGCCUCGUCGGUGAAGGAGACUGUCGCUGCCCGUCCGACUCUGCGUGGUUGGACCUGCACCAGCUCGUCACCAAGUCAUGCUGGAAGUCAGAGAGGUUUAGGAGGUGUUGGAAGCGAGAGUGGGAGAAAGUCGCCAGCCUGAAGCUGAAGCUGAAGCUGCUUCACUUCGACGACAGCGUCUUCGCAGCACAGGUAGUGGAGGGCAUACUCCUCGGCAGCUGCUGUACCUCCAUGGACUUGGACGACUCUUGUCCCUCAUGGGAGAAGUUUGCAAGCGAGUAUGAAGGCACUCUAGACCCCCUCAUGGGGGCUGGUGCGCGUCACAUGAGCGAGAGCGAAGUCCGAGAGGAGGUGGAGUUGUGCGUGCUGGUUGUUGCCCUCGUUCGUCAUUUGACAACCACCGAAAUCCUGCAGAGGAGAAGCAGCAGCGAGGAGGUUGAGAUUUCUCCAGGGACAAGACACAAGGGCAAGAAGGUUGCAAAGAAGACAAUGACCGCAAUCCUUCAGAAACUGCAGAAACUCGAUCAGAAGAAGGCAAGAAAGACUCAUGGCAUACCGGCUCUGGGGUAUUUGAUCAAAGUCGCCAAAAUCGUUAGGGAGUCUCUGAGGGAAUAA